UAUACUACGUGCUUUUCCAGUUAUCUUACAUUUCCAUCAUAGGUGGAUUACCAUGCCAUUUGCGCAGCUAGUGAUAGGGCCUCCCGGUGCGGGAAAGUCGACAUAUUGCAAUGGCAUGCAUCAGUUCCUCGGAGCAAUUGGGCGCAAAUGUUCGAUCGUGAAUCUGGACCCCGCAAAUGAUAAAACGUCCUACCCAUGUGCGCUGGAUGUUCGUGACUUGGUUACUCUUGAGGAAGUAAUGAGUGAAGACCACCUAGGUCCGAAUGGCGGUAUAUUGUAUGCGCUAGAAGAACUGGAGGAGAACUUUGACUGGUUGGAGGGGGGGCUGAAGGAACUUGAAGAGGACUAUGUUUUGUUUGACUGCCCAGGUCAGGUCGAGAUCUUCACGCACCACUCAUCAUUACGAAACAUUUUCUUCAAACUUCAAAAGAUGGGAUAUAGAUUAAUCGUAAUACACCUAAUUGACUCAUAUAACCUCACUCUACCUUCUAUGUACAUAUCCGCCCUCAUCCUCUCCCUCCGCGCCAUGCUUCAAAUGGACCUUCCCCACCUCAACGUCCUCACCAAGAUCGACAAUCUUUCGAACUACGCCCCGCUCCCUUUUAAUCUAGACUAUUACACAGAGGUACAAGACCUUUCAUAUUUGCUGCCACACCUGGAAGCGGAAUCCUCUCGGCUUUCGCAUGAUAAGUUCGGGGCCCUCAAUCAAGCCAUUAUAGACCUCGUUGAAGAUUUCGGACUCGUUGCAUUCGAAACGCUAGCUGUCGAAGACAAGAAGAGCAUGAUGAGUCUAUUGCAUGUGAUUGACCGAGCAAGCGGGUAUGUGUUCGGACCUGCUGAAGGUGCAAACGACACCGUCUGGCAGGUUGCUGUUCGGGACGGCCUGGGAACUAUGGACGUCCGAGAUGUACAGGAACGCUGGUUAGAUGCCAAAGAUGAGCACGAUGAACUUGAAAGGCAAAGAUUAGAAGCAGAGGCCAAAGACCGAGAUGAAGCGGCCGGUGCCACCAAGCCCAGCGCCGGCUACGAGGACGACGAUGAGUACGACGAUCUUGGCAGGGGAUUCAUACCAGACAGCGGAGUGAAAGUUGUACGAAAGUCAUAACAUGAAUUUUACCAUCC